AUGGAGAACGGACACGCAAAGACCCCGGCAGAAUGCCUGGCUCACUUCGGGGUGAACGAGAACACCGGUCUCACCCCCGAACAGUUCAAGAAGAAUCUGGACAAGUACGGCUUCAAUGAGCUGCCCGCUGAGGAGGGUAAGAGCAUCUGGGAGCUGAUUGGUGAGCAGUUUGAGGACCUGCUUGUCAGGAUCUUGCUGCUGGCUGCCUGCAUCUCUUUUGUGCUGGCCUGGUUCGAGGAAGGCGAGGAGACUGUCACCGCCUUCGUUGAGCCCUUCGUCAUUCUUCUCAUCCUUAUCGCUAACGCCAUUGUUGGAGUGUGGCAGGAGCGUAACGCUGAAGAUGCCAUCGAGGCUCUCAAGGAGUACGAGCCUGAGAUGGGCAAGGUUUACCGUUCUGACAGAAAGAGUGUGCAGAUGAUUAAGGCCAGAGAAAUCGUCCCCGGUGACAUCGUCGAGGUGUCCGUUGGUGACAAAGUCCCAGCUGACAUCAGGAUUGUGAGCAUCAAGUCCACCACCCUGCGUGUUGACCAGUCCAUCCUUACUGGUGAGUCCGUCAGUGUGAUCAAGCACAAUGAGGCCGUCCCCGACCUCAGGGCCGUCAACCAGGACAAGAAGAACAUGCUUUUCUCUGGUACUAACAUCGCUGCCGGUAAGGCCAUCGGUGUUGCCAUCGCCACCGGAGUCUCCACUGAGAUCGGUAAGAUCCGUGACCAGAUGGCCGCCACCGAGCAGGAGAAGACUCCCCUGCAGGCCAAGCUUGAUGAGUUUGGCGAGCAGCUGUCCAAGGUUAUCUCCCUGAUCUGUGUUGCUGUCUGGGCCAUCAACAUUGGCCACUUCAACGACCCCGUGCAUGGUGGAUCAUGGAUCCGUGGUGCCGUCUACUACUUCAAGAUCGCCGUCGCUCUGGCUGUGGCUGCCAUCCCUGAGGGUCUGCCCGCUGUCAUCACCACCUGCCUGGCUCUCGGUACCCGCCGUAUGGCCAAGAAGAACGCCAUCGUCAGAAGCCUGCCCUCUGUGGAGACCCUGGGCUGCACCUCUGUCAUCUGCUCCGACAAGACUGGUACCCUCACCACCAACCAGAUGUGUGUGACCAAGAUGUUCAUUGUCAAGGGCGUCGAUGGCGACCAUGUUGACCUUGAUGCCUUUGACAUCUCUGGCUCCAAGUACACCCCCGAGGGCGAAGUCUCCCAGGGAGGUGCCAAGACUAACUGCAGCGUAUACGACGGCCUUGUUGAGCUGGCUACCAUCUGCGCUCUGUGCAACGACUCCUCUCUCGACUACAACGAGUCCAAGAAGAUCUAUGAGAAGGUCGGUGAGGCUACUGAGACUGCUCUGUCCUGCCUGGUUGAGAAGAUGAACGUGUUCAACACCAACGUGAAGAACCUGUCCAGAAUUGAGAGAGCAAACGCCUGCUGCUCUGUGGUUAAACAGCUCAUGAAGAAGGCCUUCACCCUGGAGUUCUCCCGUGACAGGAAGUCCAUGUCUGUGUUCUGCACCCCUGCCAAGGGUGAUGGUGGCGCUAAGAUGUUUGUGAAGGGUGCACCUGAGGGUGUGAUUGAUAGGUGCGCAUACGUGCGUGUUGGAACCACCCGCGUGCCCCUGACCAACGCCAUCAAGGAGAAGAUCAUGGCUGUCAUCAGGGACUGGGGUACCGGUCGUGACACCCUGCGUUGUCUGGCCCUUGCCACCCGUGACUCCCCAAUGAAGGUUGAGGAGAUGAACCUUGAAGACUCCACCAAGUUCGCCGACUACGAGAUGGACCUGACCUUCGUUGGCUGUGUUGGUAUGCUGGAUCCCCCACGUAAGGAGGUCUCUAUCUCCAUUGAGCUGUGCAGAGCUGCUGGAAUCCGUGUCAUCAUGAUCACUGGUGACAACAAGGGAACUGCCAUCGCUAUCUGCCGUCGUAUUGGCAUCUUCUCUGAGGAGGAGGAUGUUGCUGGCAAGGCCUACACCGGCCGUGAGUUUGACGAUCUGCCCCUCCAUGAGCAGGCUGAGGCUGUGCGUAGAGCUUGCUGCUUCGCCCGUGUUGAGCCAGCCCACAAAUCCAAGAUUGUGGAGUUCCUGCAGGGUUUCGAUGACAUUACUGCUAUGACUGGUGAUGGUGUGAACGAUGCCCCUGCCCUGAAGAAGGCCGAAAUCGGCAUCGCCAUGGGCUCUGGCACUGCCGUUGCCAAGUCUGCCUCUGAGAUGGUCCUCGCUGACGACAACUUCUCUUCCAUUGUGUCUGCUGUUGAGGAGGGCAGAGCUAUCUACAACAACAUGAAGCAGUUCAUCCGCUACCUCAUCUCCUCCAACGUUGGUGAGGUCGUCUGUAUCUUCCUGACUGCCGCUCUGGGUCUGCCUGAGGCUCUGAUCCCAGUCCAGCUUCUGUGGGUCAACCUGGUUACUGAUGGUCUGCCCGCCACCGCUCUGGGCUUCAACCCCCCAGAUCUGGACAUCAUGGGCAAGCCCCCACGUUCCCCCAAGGAGCCCCUGAUCUCUGGCUGGCUGUUCUUCAGAUACAUGGCUAUUGGUGGAUACGUCGGUGCUGCCACUGUUGGUGGUGCUGCCUGGUGGUUCCUCUAUGACCAAACCGGUCCCGGUGUCACCUACUACCAGCUGUCUCACUUCAUGCAGUGCUGCGAUGAGAACGAGGAUUUCGCAGGAAUCGAGUGUCACAUCUUUGAGGCUGCUCCUCCCAUGACCAUGGCUCUGUCCGUGCUGGUCACCAUUGAGAUGUGCAACGCUCUCAACAGCUUGUCUGAGAACCAGUCUCUGGUGCGUAUGCCCCCAUGGAGCAACUUCUGGCUGCUUUCUGCCAUGACCCUCUCCAUGUCCCUCCACUUCAUGAUCAUCUACGUCGACCCUCUGCCCAUGAUCUUCAAGUUGACCCAUCUCAACGUGGAACAGUGGCUGAUGGUCUUGAAGCUUUCCUUCCCCGUCAUCCUCAUUGAUGAGGUUCUGAAGUUCUUUGCUCGCAACUACGUUGAGAGUACAGAAAGAAAAUAGAGAUGUAGAGGAGGAGGAUCUUAAGGGUUGGAAGAGAAAGAGGCGGAGGAGAGGAAAAUGAUGAUCAAAACCAAAGAAGGGAGCCGUAGUGCGCCAACCAAUAGAAGGGAGAAAACACUGGAAAAAUUUAGAAAAAAACUAAUAAAACUUGUGAAAAACCAACAUAAACAGAGCCUCUAUAUAAGGAAGGUGAUUGAAUUCAAACAAAGGGAAGUAUCCCUACCAAUAAAGUAUCAAAUAUUUAAGAUUUUAUGCAAAGAAGGAAAGAAUGUAUUAAAAGUGAUUUUUUGUUAAACUUGGAUAUUCUCAGUUGUUGUGUUUUUGUGUCCUCUGUCCAUUUUCAUAUGAUUGACUUUCCAGCUCAUUACUUUCUAGUCUUUGUUGCUCGUGUCUCGUGCAGCCUCCCUGCUUUGGCUGGGCUCUGUACCGUGUGGUGUAGGGUUGCGAAAUGACUUCAUAUGGGCAGUAAGGAAAAAAAAACUCCACAUGCCUGCGUGCUCUCUAGGCUCCAUGCGCUCAGCAGACUCUGUUGGAGGUCUCAUGACGUAAAAUGGGCAUGUCUCAGUCACAACACUUUUGGUCUUAUAUAUUGUUUACGUGAUAAGCUGCAAUAAAGUGAUGAUUACAAACUCA